AUGCUCCCGACUGCGCACCAGACAGUUUGCGAUGGAAAUUCGGCAGGAUUUUUUGUAAGUCCUGCCUUCGGAAUUCAGGAGUGAAUCUCUGCUGAACACUCGACUCCCAAAUUCCAAAUGUCUAAGUUUCAAACGUAAACAAAAUGAUGCUCUUGUUCGCUUGUUCAUUCUACAAUAAUUCGGAAUGUCUUUUUUCAGUGUUUUUGUGAGUAACUAGUGGUUACUUACAGCAGCGCCGAGUCCAUUUCAUUACUGUAUUUACCUCUGAGGAAGGGCCGCUUUUUUCUAAAAGGUGACAUCUCAUCUCUAAUGAACGUUUCAUCCCCUCUGAUCACCCGUGGAAUUUUUUCUCAUUUUUGCUGAAAGCGAAUAUGCUUGUGGAAAAUGCCAGACAGAACAGACAUAAACAUCCGUAAUUUUUACAUUUUCAACUCUACCUUGAGUUUGAAAGAAGAAGAGGAGAGGAACAAAAUCUUAUUCUACUAUCCACCAAGCAUUAUUAUUGAUGAACAACUCAAAAAUGUUGGCUUCAGCGAGGCAAUUCUCAAAUUCGCUCAAACUUUCAGCCCGGACAAACCUUGCGAAACUAUCAGAACUAAAAAGACCCGGCAGUUCUAUUUACAGCCCGAAGAAAAUUUCUGGAUGGUCAUGACCUUAAAUUUGCCAGCCAUAAAACCCAAAGAAAUAGCUGAUGAAGCCGAGUACUUGGAGCAUGAUGUGCAAGAUGCUGUUUAUCUGGCUGCCCUAAAACUUGCCUAUGAUAUGGCCAAAAUGUUUGUUGGAACAUUCUCGUCAUCUGUAGAAGGAAAAAAGACGAAACAACUUAAGAUUAAGCUUGAAAAAUUUUAUUUUCGGUACCUAACAACAUUGAAAAUCAAUAAUCUGGAUAUUAUGGCCUUAUUCCAAGGAGUUCAGUAUUUACCGUUAGAUCCAUUGAGGUUUUUGCACAUUCAGUCCUCAUCAAAUCUACUAGAAGCUGAAUUUCCUGAAGUAGAAUCCUCUAUCAUUUUAUACGACAACUAUCUAGUCUGGAGUGGAAUAGAUUACUCUGAAAUGCAGCUUAUCAGUUUGUAUGUAAGAUCUCUACAAGAAUCUAGUCACCUUGAUGCCGAGUCAGAAAACCUAGGUAGAAAUAGUGCCAGAACUACGAAUGUGUGUAGAUUUCUGACAGGACCCAAAAAUUUUUUGGAUGAAGACGCCAGUUUUGAAAGUGUACCUGUUAUUUAUUUACAUUCCUCAGAGUCUCCAACUAAAUACUAUCUCAAUGUUUACGAAGCAAUAAAUUUUACUGUCUGCAUGUUAAUAAAUGAAAAGGAAAGAUUAACUGUGGAGCUGUUCAAGAAACUGGACAAAUUCUUAGGAGAUAAGCUGUUGAGUCUCAGCUCUAAGAUCAAGUCGGUUGCGCCAACCUUUCAAAGUUUGCAGGCGCCAAUGGAAAAAUUCCUGUAUUUCAAUAAGUUGAAUUUGGCUGUGAAAACUUUAACCGCUCAAAGUAAAAGUUCGUUGUCAAUACCUGAGGAAGUAAUGAGAGUGGUCACGGAUAUUGCUGUACACAAUAGAAGAUGCUGUAAGCUAUCUGCUUCCGCAGAAACGGUGGUGAAAUUGAUGAAAUUAUCCGAUUAUUGGGUGGUUGGAAAGAUGUCAGAUGAUAGAGAGUGCUAUUUUAUCUUGCAAGCAAAGAAUGCUGCCUUGUCAUAUAUUCAUGAAGAAGCAAAUAAAAUGUGCAAUUUGUGCCUGAAGAGUAUUUUUGUCCACAAAUGAGAGAUCAAAACUACCGCUGAUGUGCGGUGACUGGUCUUGCAACCGCUUUGAAUCCAAAGACUGAUUUAAAACUCAUUGUAAUUGUUUCCAGUGGAAAUAAGAUCAUUUAUAAAAAGUAAGUUGUAUAUUAGAUGAGUUGUGUAUUCAUGUUAUGUUCUUGCUUAAACAAAAAUAUUAUUACUAAAGUGCC